AUGGCUGGAAGGUGUGUUCGAGUUGACCCACCGCUCGUCGAGUUCAACGAUGUCAAAGUUGGGCAGGUCUACAAGACAACAGUCACGGCGACAAAUACUGGGAAAGCUUCGAAGAAAAUAAUAAUUGAAAAGACUGCGUCAAAGUUGUUCAAGUUAACAGCAUCCAGUGCAGCCAAGGUGGUGGCUCCUGGUCUGUCUGUAAGUGGCUUGCUGGAGUUUACCCCAGAGAAAGAAGAGGAGGUCAGAGCCUGCCUUCUGAUUCAUAUAGAUGAUGUAGAGACCAUAAAAAUACCAGUGCUGGGGUUUCCCAGGGCUUGUUCCUUCUUAAUGGACUCAGCACUAGACUUUGGGUGUAUUGCUGCAAAUAGUCAGGUGAUCAGCAAACAUCAUCAUAUAACCAAUCAGGGAUCAGCACCAGGUGAGUUUCAGGUGCAGUACAAUGGAGACCCCUCAGUCAGACUCUCGCCCUUCAGUGGAGUCAUAGCACCUGGUGCCACCCAGCGGCUUAAAGUGGAACUGCGCACAGACAGGCCGAGGCAGAUUGAUGAGAAGGCUCUGCUGAAAUUCCAGAAUCACCCUGCUGCAGUUCUCAGUAUAAGGGCUAAGGUGGUGGACCAGCGCCUUGAGGUUUUUGACCUGCAGGGGGCUCCACUGUCCUGUCUGUGGUUUGGACCUGCAUACUUUGGGACGUCCCGUGUGGAGAAUGUGUUUUUGAGAAAUAACGCGCCCACGGCAUGUGACUGGGUCUGCCUGCUCCAGGACACUGCUGCUGGGACUGAGGUGGGAACAGACCUGCAGAAGAGCACAGAUGCCGCCCUGCUGGAGAGAAUGAAGAGGUGCAGUCCAGCCACCCAAGACGUCUCUCAGGUCCUGGUAUGUGUUCCCAAGCAGGGUCAACUUAAACCGUAUGAAAAAACCACUGUGGCAGUGUGCUUCAGCCCCAUCUGUAAGAGAACAAGUGAAGAGAAGAAACAUGACUAUUCAGCUAGCCGGCAAGACUACUGCCUUUUCUUGCUGUUCGAGUCAGUGGGAAGCAGAUAUGGCUUCACUCACCACAAUGGUAACAGCAGUGUGGAGCUGGCAGUGACAGGCUCUGGACUUCCUGUGUCUCUGGUGCCAAGUCCCUCUCAAAGAUUUGAUUUCCUCACCUGUGUGACAGGCCAACGUGUGGACCUGCUGUGUGUUCUGCAGAACCUCUGCCCUCAACUCCCUGUCAACUUCCGCUUCCGCAAGGUAGCACAUUUCACCACCAAGCCCUCCACUGGCACAAUAGCGCCUGGGCAAUGUCAGGAUGUAGUUUUGUCUUUCACCGCACGGCAGCAAGGGAGCUUCCGUGUGUGUCAGACGCUAGAUGUCUUAGGUCAUGUUGUUCAGAGGGGUGGCAAUACUGCUGAAGAUAUUACUGGACUUGAGCUUUGCAGCUUCCACACCCUCACUCUACACCUGUCUGCUGUCUGCCGCAGUGAGACGACACACCCCGUACCCAAACUGAAUCCUGGUAUAACUCCAGCAGUAACCAAUUCAACCGGAUCACUGCCACACAUUCGGUCCAGUGAACUGGCACGUUGUCGUGGGAUGGUGAGUGCUGCCGUCCUCUGUGCUGACAAAACACAAAUCCACCAACAUCACAGGAAGAGGAGUCAGAACACAGAAGGGACGGAGUUCCUGGCUUUUCCUAAUGACCGGGCGACAAGCAUCAGGCCUGCGUCUGCAAACAGACAGUACAGGACGAUCUUCACUGGUGUACACCGCUAUCGCUACGUGGACACUGACUAUGCUUUCACUGAGGAAGAGGAGGAGCAGAGACAGCGCCAUCGACAGGUUUACACAGAUUUCAUCAAACAGCUCAGACAAACACGCCUGCUGAGGAUCAAGGAGAGACAGGAGGAAAAAGCAGAGGACGAAGUGGAUAUUGGGAUUGUUCCUUCUCAAGGGCUUGUUCCACUUACACUCCGCAUCAGCGACCUGGAGAGUAGUAAGAUCUCAGAUACCAAGCCAAACUACAGCUCUGCUUUUCCAGCAGCUAAAAAUUGCUGCCCCAAAGACGUGACAUCAGACACUCAGCAGGCUAACAGUCAGGUAAUAAAUGCAGUUCCUUCUACCAGCCAGGAGGUGGCAGACUGCAACAGGACUCUGACACCUCAGGAGCUCUACCAAGUCGUCAUAGGUCCAUUGUUAGUGGACUUUGGCGAAGUUUGUGUACAGUCAGUGUGUGUUAAGAAGCUGGAGUUGAUCAAUCAUCUGUCAGUGUUCGUGUUGGUGCAGUUGGAGGUGGACUGCUCUGAGCUGCAGGGCUCCUCACCCCUCUCCCACGUCCUUCCACCCCACUCCUUCAACACCCUACCACUGACAUUUCAAAGCAACAAGCUGGGUCACUUCUACAGGCCUGUAUCCUACUCUGUGAACAAGCAACAUCUUGGUCAGAUACUGGUCCAGGCCCAGGUUGUCCCCUUGGCUCUGGAGCUGUCCACCACCCUGCUGGUACUCCGUCCCACCCCCUCUCUGCUUGCCCAAUCAGGAUACAGAAGCUCAGUUACCCUUCGAAACCGGCGUAACCUUGCUGCAGAAUUCACAUGGAGACCAUUGGUCACAGAGAGUGGCAUCCUGUUCUCCGUACGACCAGCUACAGGUACUGUGGAGCCAUACAGGGAAUUAGACUGUGAGGUGGUGUGGCAUCCCUCCUUCUCCUCCCCUUCAGAAGGAGACUUUGACCUCUGUGUCCAUGAGGGUAACAUGCAACGCCUGCACUGUAUUGCUCAGGUUGGGUCUACCAGUGUCCAGCUGGCAGAGAAACAGGUCACAUUUGGAUCAGUGCCUCUCAACAUUCCUUCUGUAAGAACUGUAGUCUUACACAACACUGGACAGAACCAUGCCUACUACCAGGUGCUUGAUAUGUGCCCUCUGCCAGGCAUGGUGGUGAGGCCAUCUGAGGGCGUGGUGCCAAGUGGGGGGCAGGCUGCACUGAAGAUCCACUUCAACCCCAACUCUGUCAUCAAGUUUGACACCAGAGUGGAGAUUGCUCUGAGGAACAUGAAGUCCAUUGAGCUCAGAGUGGGCGGUUCGGUGGAGCCUCCAAAUGUAGACAUCAGUGUGUCCCAUUUCCAGUUUUACGGGGUCCAUGCUGGCUCUCAGCGAGUGAUACCAUUCACUCUGACAAACCACUCAAAAGCUGCAGCCAGGGUUACGUUCGACCUGGCAGAGUACACAGACUUCUCUUUACACCUCCCUCAGCCCUUAGCAAACAAGGAGCUAGGUGUGAGUGUUGUGGAGGUCCAGGGCAAAACCACAAUAGACUGCUCCCUUGUCUUCUCCCCCACCCAGGUGGCCAGUUAUGACUUUGACCUGCCACUGAUGGUCAAUGGAGUGAAAUGGCCCACUACUUCUCUGCCUCCCCUCCCCACUCCAUCCUCUUCGUCCACCCCCUCCUUGCUGUCAGCUGGCAGCAGGAAGCAUGUCGCCAAACCUCUUCACCAGUCUGUCACCAUGGCGACACAACGGUCACAGCGCAUACAGGCCACAGUGCUCUGCGCCCCACUGGAAUUGUCCCCCUCUAGCCUACAGUUCCUCGUGGAACCCCUGGCACCACCCUCUGAUGCUUACACUAAGACAGUGGAGCUUAAAGCAGUGAGUGACGACAGUGUGUUUUGGCGAAGGGGCAUCAGGAAACAUGUAAACUGGUGGUUUGACUGCAGAGCAAUAGCUGCACCAAUAGAGCACAGAAGAGAGAGAGAGCUAUAUGUGAUGUCUCCAUCAUCAGGCAGUCUGCGUCCCGGCCAAUCCAUCUGCUUGAUGGUCAGCAUCAUCCCUGAGGCUAUCACAGCAGGGUCUGGCAAAGUGACCAAACUGUCCCUCCCUCUUUACCUGGGAUACGAGGAAGGGGAGGGUAUAGGACGAGAGCAGGAGCAUCAACCUUACAGACAGCUGUCCAUCACUAUUACCCUCCAGCUCCCCUGUAUCACCAUUCACCCCCCUCAACUUCUGCUUACACCAGUACCCCUGGAAAGCAAUGCAACUGCCACAUUCACCCUGCUGGCCUCAGGAUAUCGUAGUGGAACCAUGGUAUCAGCUGAAGUGGAUGAGGUGGAACUGGAGGAUGGGACAAAGAUACAGCCUGUUUCUGUUAUCUUUCCAGAGGGUAACAGCAUCCCUGUCCAAAACCAGGAUCAGAGACACCCAGUAGGUGUUCAGAACCAGGAGGCCUCUCUAAACUGCAUCGUGUCCUUCAUCUCUGCUGUCCCACUUUCUGUCUGCACCACCAUCACCUUCACUGACCACCUCCACAACAGGUUUAAGGUUAAGAUGUGUGGUAUCGCUGACAACUGUCUGUUAACAGUCUGGCCCUACAUGGCGCUGCACCGCUCCGAGCAACAGAUAGUUCUCAAGACUGGUGCCACAGCUGUUGAGGUGAUCCUUCAACGCUAUCACACACCAAGUCCUACCUCUGGUCCGACUUCAUCAUCUUCUUCGUUUGAUCACAACAGCUCAACAAACAAGAACUCCGGCUCAGACUGUUUUCCAGACAGUGACAGUGUGAGCGGUCAGGCCAGCAGGGACACAGAUGUCUCUCCUAACAGAGACACCCCAGUCAAUCUUGGCGCCCCAGAAUUCCCUGCUGCCAACUCAGAGGAAGGACUAUAUUACCAUAAUGUAUUAUUGGCUGUGGAGAGGUGGUUUAGCCUCUUUGGAUGGCAUAAUAGACCACACCCCAUCUCUGUGCCACACACACUCAGAAGAGUUGUGUCAAAAAUUCAAACAGAUCAUUCCAGUGGACGGGCUUAUCGAGUCAGUCAAAAUAAAGACUCCAGAUCUGUAGUGGACAUGCUUCAUCAUCUCACUGGCAAACAGAUUCCUGGUAUUCCUCGCUGUCAGACGUUUUCUAGUGAUAUAGACCAGCGCAGCAAUCAGCUGCUACAACAGCAUGAAGCUAUGCUUGCUUUUCUCCGGGUGCAAGGAGCCUGCCUUUCUCACAUCAGACCAGAGUACUUGCUAGACAUGCAGGAGUUCAAACACUGGUGCUCUCUGCAGGAAGAAGAGCAUGGUCUGGACUACAGAAUUGUUGACUUUGAGUCUCUGAGCAAGCGAUCCUGGACCGAUGUGCUGCUACAAACAUACAAGGUGCUAGUGUUGUGUCGUGUGACGGAAACUGGUUCAAACAAAACUCUGAACCAUGACGACAUAGAAGGAUUCCUCCCUGUCAGCUCACAGCCACUGGCUAGUAACAUCUAUUCAUCGUGCGAGCUCCAGUUGCUCUCAUGGCUCAACAUGCAUUACCAGAACAUGAGGAACACUGUGUGGGGAACAGGUGGUGUCCCAUCAGCACGCUGGAUAGUGAAUUUCGACCUGGACUUGACAGAUGGACUGGUGCUAGCUGCUCUACUUUCUGCCUACUGCCCUUACCUGAUCUGCAGCCACUUUAGGAGGAUGUACACUACAACUGGCAGCCUGGAACAGAUCCUUCACAACAACAUCAUAGUGGUUCAGGCCUUAACUGCACUUUGUCUCAACCUAAAUGUGCAGCCCACAGAUUUGUCAGAUCCCAAUCCAGUGCAGAUGUUAAUGCUGUGUGUUCACUUGUAUGAGAGGCUGCCUCAGUACCUGCCACUGCACACCAUCACUCUAUCAGGAGGCCUGCACAGCACUUUCAGUAAACAGGUGCGCCUGAAAAGCCCAUCCUCUAAGCCGAUCAAAUACCAGGCCUUCCUUUUAGGAGAGGACGCACAUUUCUUCUGCCUCCCUGAUGGAUCUUCUGUCACCAUUCCUCCAAAGGCGAGCACUGAACUGACUGUCCAGUUCAGCUGCUUCAACAUGCAACCCAUGGAGGCAGUCCUUCUGCUCAUCUCCAGCUCUCCUUUUGGCCUGUGCGGCACCACUCUCACCUUCAAUCUGAAGACCCACGUCAGUCACAUCACACCCACAAACAUUGUCAAGUGCAAGUCUCCAUGUUACCAGCCAAAAGUAAUCAAAGUGCCCAUAACUAAUCCUUUCAGUAAAGAAGCUAAGUUCAGGGUGGUGCUGGUGGAGUCUCCAUUCAACCCAUUGGAGCCUGAAAAGAAAAGUGACAACCUAGUUCAACAGGCCUCCUCCAAAGCCAAUAUCAAGAAGAUGACUUCAGACGAGAGCUGUGGGGAGCACAUGAAAGGGAAGUGCUCAGAUGUCAAUGGUGAUGGCAGUGAGUUCCUGUGUACAGUGAGGAGUGUUUGUCUGAAGCCAAGCCAAGCAGAGACUCUGAACCUCCACUACCUGCCCUUCUGCCCAGGCACCAAGUACUGCUCUGUGCUGCUAGUUUGCCCGCAGGUAGGAGAUAUGGUCUAUAUGGUGAAGGCCACAGCAGAGUUGCCUCUUCCUUCCCCUCUCACUGCCAGGCCCAGUUCUAACAUAGUCUCCAUCCCCAGCAACUCUGACCCAGUUGUGUGUGUGUCAGUACUAAGUCUGCACUGCAGCGUGGGGCAGGUGUGUGAGGAGGUGGUGCGUGUGCCGCUGAUCAAUAUGGGCCGGGAGCAAGCUCUGGCCUUCUGGGGUCAGCGCAGCAUGAGUGCAAAUGAACACAGGAGGCGGAUGCUCACACACACUUUGCAUAGCAGCACCCUGAGGGCAACCACAGCUGCCCAACUUUUGAAAGGCGUUCCCCAGAAUGAAGGGAUUGACUACAGUGUGGAAGUUUCUUUGCCACAAUACUUUGCUUUACCCAGUACUGUUACAAUACCUAUAAAGGAAGACACCAACAUGCCAUGGGAAAAUCCUGCAGAUUGUGGCUGUGUGGACAUCCCACUACGGUUUCAGGCAGACACCGUGGGGCAAUUUACAUGUCAGGUGGUCCUGAGGUCCUGGUGUGAUACCAGGGUCUAUGUGCUAGAGGCACUGGUUACUUCACAGGGAGGAUCCGUCCACUUGGACUUCUGUUCACCUGCUCACCGAUCAGUCACACAGGACAUACCACUGCACAAUAAGACCCACCAAGACUGGAAAAUGCAAGCUGAGGUUUAUGGUGAGGGAUUCUCCGGCCCACCAGUUUUGAAUGUGCCAGCAGGGACAAGAGCUUGCUACCCCCUCACCUUCCACCCUUCUGCACUAUGCAUUGUCACGGGCAAGCUGUCCUUACAUAAUGACUGCGACGGUGCUGAGCACGUGUUUACCUUUAGAGGAGUGGGAGAGCGCCCCCUGCCUGUGGACCAUGUGGUAUUACAUUGCUCUGUAGGUCAAACCAUGCACACACAGAUAGAUGUCCCCAACUACGGCCAGAAAAAACUCACUCUGAAGGUGGUGACAGACCUACCUGAUGUAAGUGGCCCCCCCUCUUUAGAGAUGGAACCUGGCCACAACGCUCCAUACACCUUUGCUGUGUCAUCAUGGAAACGAGGAAAACAGACAGGCUGUUUGUCAUUUAUAGAAAUUGAUGCCAUGCAGGAGGCAGACGAGCACAAAGGAAAUCUACUUGGAUGCUACGAGGUGCAUUUCUCUCUGGAGAUAAUUUGUGAGCCAGCAGUGCCCAUCAAGGUCAUUGAUGUACAGUGUGCUGCUCAGAGCUCAGUUGCCAUAGAGAUCCCUGUCAGAAACCCUCGAGGAGAGCUGCUAAUACUGGAUGUGUACCUGGAAGGAGAUGACCUGAAUGGGGCCAACUGGGUUUCAGUUCCCCCGGGGGGGACUCUUGCCUACAAAGUUAUGUUCUCCCCUGGCAGAGUAGGGAAGAGCACAGGCAGUGUGGUGUUCCAGUCAGAGCUGGUGGGAGAGUUCUGGUAUCAGCUGGAGCUUUAUGCUCUUCCUCCUCCAGUCAUCAUGCUACCACAGGCCUGCUGUCAGCUGGGCAAAUGGACCAGCCUGACCAUUCCCGUGGUUAACCCGACAGCUGAGCCUGUGGAGCUGAUUGUAGCCAACAGUAAUCCCAGAAACUACACACUGGAAAUGGAAUCAGGAAGUAUUCUUAUUAUUGAGCCCCACUCCUCCACCCAGCUUGGUGUCCGUUUUAGUCCUUCAUCCAUUGGAGAGGGGAACCACACGGCAAAGAUCACUUUCAAGUGCCCUCAGUUCCAGGAAUGGUGUGUGUUGUUGAGUGGGUGCGGCCUUAUUCCAGAGAGCGAGGAGCCUCUGAGCAUCUCAUCCCUAAUUGGCUCCAGCGCCUCCAUCACCAUUCCCUUCACAAACCCCACUGAGCUUGUGGUCGUUCUCAGUAUCUCACUCACAGAUGAGGACCCAAAUGGGGCCCCAAACUGCCGUCAGGUCCCUUCAGACAACAAGGUCUUCUCUAUCCCUCUGAGCCACACUGAAGGUCUAAAAAUCUCUGAAGGAGCCAGUUUUGAUGUGCCUGUAGUGUUUACACCUAACUCUGUGGAGCUACAACAGGCCUGGCUCUGCAUCACUAUGAAGCCCUGCAGCACCCCAGGCAACAACAAUACCUUCAGUACAAAUAACCUGAGGUCAAAGCAGGAAUUGUCAACCAUCUGUUGGAUUUACCCUAUCCGUGGAAUUCCCAUGGAGGUGCCUGUUGAGAACUCUCCACUUGGCGUGGUCCACUGUGAAGCAGGCUGCCAGCUGGAAAGGAAGGUGGAUGUACUGCUCACUGGAUGUGUGCCGGGGAAUCAAGACCGGAAAGGACAUAAAGGUUCCUGGGUGAUGGAGGAAGACUUCUUGUGCACGGUUCGUUCAGACAGUGAAACAGAGCGCUCAGAGGUGGAGGACUGCCUUUCUGCUGCCGCAGAGGCAGUGAGGAGGGACCCAGAGACCGGCAUCAUCACACUCACCGUUAAUCUAGUCUACACUCCCCUCAGGCCAUACAGGUGCUCAGCAGUCCUUGCAGUGCAGUGUGAGCCAGGCAGGAUCUGGGAGUUUCCCAUCACUCUCAUCGCCACAGAGCCUCAAGUAGAUGAUGUCAUUCUCACUGAAGCCACUGAGUUGGGCAAGACUUCAGCUGUGGGCUUCCGUCUGACCAGCACCACCAGGAGGCCAGAGCCAUUCACAGCAGCGUUCUUACCAGGCAGCAGCAAUGAGUUCACAGUGACUCCAGCGGCAGGGAUGUUACCUCCUGUUGGUUCUAUUGGAGCCCUCAUCACUGUGUCCUUCACACCUACCACGUACAACAAGCACAGAGCAAGACUAACCAUCCAGGCAGCAGACAUGAAGUGGACCUACGAAGUGAGAGGGAAAACCACUCGUGACUCCCCACCCAUCUGUACCACAUCCAUUAAUGGCAGUUCUUCUGUGCCUCGUUCAACCAAUGAACGGCAACGGAACUUUGUGGCUCGGAACCUUCGGCUUCCCGCCCUGGCUAACUCAUCCCCUCUUAAAGCCUGCAGAUAAUAGACAUCCUCCUUCCCUCAUACAGCUAAGGAUCAUUAAUUUGUCUAACUUCCUUUUUGACUUAUUUAUGUUUGACUUAUAGCCAAAGUUGCUUUUUUUGUCCAGCAACAUGCACCACACAAUGUCACCUUCAAAAAGAUAACUUUUUUUAUUUUGGAAAUGUGUUAAUGGUUUGGUGAAGUGUUAUUUGGACAGUUGAAGAAAAGGAGCAUCAUUUUUGAAAACUCAUAAAUUUGAAAAUAAAAUGUACCCAGU